AUGGCAGCUCCGCAGGGAAAUUACCCUCGUCCGGGUCAAGAGGACAAGACACACACCCCUGGCAGCAGCAGCAAGACCCCAACUCACACAGUCCUAGGAGCUCCUGGUGUACCCAAUGCGCCUCCGCAGGAUAGUGCGCAUGCUCCGGCACCCUCCCAUGGCCGAAAGAAACGUGCAUACGCCAACCAGGCAUUCGAUUUCGGUGUUGGUGCCAACGCUGCCCUAAAUCAGGGAGGUGAAAGCUAUGGGUAUCCAGCUACUCAACAGCCACAGGGGUAUUCUCAGGGAGUCCCUUAUCCAGGCCAGCAGCCGGCCCAGGCACCAGCUGCAAACUAUCCUGGCACAGAUGCCGGUUAUCAAGCACCCGCUCCCACGUACCCUCCUCCGCCAGGCCCAGGUAUCGCACAGGUAACGCAGCAGAUGGGACAGAUGAGCAUGGGAGACCAACACCAGCAGCCCGGAAUGCAGCGACCAAUGCAGCUUAAUCAGCUCUACCCGACUGAUCUGCUCACACAACCAUUCAAUGUUGCUGAACUCGAAUACCCGCCGCCUCCAAUUGUUCUUCCUCCAAAUACCAGCGUCACACCUUCGCCGAAUGCCAAUUGUCCCGCAAAAUACGUUCGAUCUACACUCAAUGCUGUUCCAACGACUAAUUCUCUCCUGAAGAAAUCCCGUCUUCCGUUUGCGCUUGUCAUCCAACCAUACGCGUCUCUCCAUGACUCCGAGGAUGAAAUCCCAGUUGUGUCGGACCAGGUUAUUUCCCGGUGUCGACGCUGUCGUUCGUACAUCAACCCAUUCGUCACCUUCCUCGACCACGGCCACCGCUGGAGGUGUAACAUGUGCAGCCUGACCAACGAUGUACCACAGGCGUUCGAUUGGGACGCUGCUGCACAAAAAGCGCUGGAUAGAUGGCAGAGACCAGACCUUAACCACGCAGUGGUGGAGUUUGUAGCCCCCCAGGAAUACAUGGUCCGACCACCGCAACCAUUAGUCUACCUCUUCCUGAUCGAUGUCAGCUAUGCGUCGGUUACUAGCGGACUGCUGGCAACCGCCGCACGGUGCAUUCGAGAAAGUCUCGACCGGAUACCAAAUGCAGACCGUCGAACUAGGAUCGGCUUUAUAGCGGUAGACUCUAGUCUCCAUUACUUCACCAUUCCUCGUGAUGGGUCAGAGAGCUCUGAGCCAAACAUGCUUGUCGUUAGCGACUUGGAUGAACCGUUCAUGCCUAUCCCCGGGGAGCUUUUGAUAACUUUAGCCGAAUCCCGAGAAAACGUUGAGACUUUCCUGGAUAAACUGCAAGAGAUGUUCCAAAACACCCAAAAUCCUGGGUCUGCUAUGGGAUCCGCACUCCGAGCAGGCCAUCAGCUUAUUGGACCCGUUGGCGGUAAACUUACUGUUUUGACUGCCUCACUGCCGAAUAUGGGAUAUGGUAGCCUGGAGAUGAGAGAAGAUAAAAAGGUUCUCGGCACAAGUAAAGAAAGUAGCUUGCUACAGACCGCCAGCAGCUUCUACAAGAGCUUUGCUGUUGAAUGCUCUAAACAGCAGAUAUCCGUCGACAUGUUCUUGUUCUCUUCUCAAUACCAGGAUGUUGCCUCUCUGAGCAACCUACCUAGAUACACUGGUGGCCAAACAUACUUUUACCCAGGCUGGAAUGCCGCCAGGAGCGAGGAUGCCAUUAAAUUUGCCAAAGAAUUCUCUGACUACCUGUCCGCCGAGAUUGGGCUCGAAGCUGUCCUUCGUGUGCGCGCAACCACUGGUCUACGUAUGAACACAUUCUACGGAAACUUCUUCAACAGGAGUUCGGAUCUUUGUGCUUUCCCUGCCUUCCCUCGCGACCAAGCAUACGUCGUAGAGGUUGCCAUUGAUGAGACUGUUACCAGGCCUGUCGUUUGUCUGCAAACCGCUGUUUUGCAUACGACGUGCAACGGCGAACGAAGAAUUAGGGUUCUGACUUUAGCUCUACCCACUACUCAGAAUCUGGCUGAUGUGUAUGCCUCUGCAGACCAGUGCGCUAUCACAACCUACUUCAGCCAUAAGGCUGUUGAGCGUACUCUCGGAGGUGGCCUAGACCAGGCUCGCGAUGCCUUGCAGGCCAAAAUUAUAGAGCUACUCUCUACAUACAGAAAAGAAUUGGCGGGUGGCAGCGUUGGCGGUGGUGGUUUGCAGUUCCCUGCGAACUUGCGUGGAUUGCCUAUCUUAUUUUUAGCAAUGAUGAAGAACCUUGGUCUUCGAAAAUCCGCACAAAUACCUACAGAUAUGAGAUCUGCUGCUCUCUGCCUUCUUUCUACUCUUCCUCUUCCUCUCCUUAUCCAGUACAUUUACCCCAAAAUGUACUCUCUCCAUGACAUGCCUGAUGAUGCAGGUAUCCCCCACGAGGAAACAGGAGAAAUUGUGCUCCCACCCUUGACAAACCUUUCAUCUGAACGACUUGCGCCGCAUGGAAUGUAUCUGAUCGAUGAUGGCCAGACUCAGUUCUUGUGGAUUGGCCGUGAUGCAGUCCCGCAACUUAUUAAUGAUGUAUUCGGGCUCAGUGACAAGUCUCUCCUAAGAGUUGGCAAACAGUUCUUGCCAGAAACUGAGAACGACUUCAAUGAACGCGUCAGAGCAGUCAUCAACAAGAGCCGAGACACCCUAUCACGCGGGGUGGGAAGUAUUAUUGCACCACACCUAUAUGUUGUAAAAGAAGAUGGUGAACCAGGCUUAAGGUUAUGGGCACAAUCAAUGAUGGUGGAAGACCGAGCAGAUCAGAGUGUCAGUUUACAGCAGUGGAUGGGUUUAUUGAGAGAGAAAGUUAUCCAGUAA